GGGGGUUUGGUCCCUUAACAGCAAAGAGUUGGGUGCUUUGAAACAUAAACUUGUCUUUAACUGAAAGCGAACUCUGCUUUCGUCUGUUCAUUGGCGAAAUUGACAACUGCUUUACCACAAAGAUAAUAUUAUCUGCUAUUUUGUAUUUAUUUAUUUAUUUAUUUUACUGCUGAAACUGACACCAGUUACAAGAGAAAAAAAAAUGAAACUGGAAGUUUUCUACGGAAGCAGCACUGAGGAGAAGCCCGUGGAGGUGUGCAGCGAUGCUGAAGCCAGUAUCCCUUCUCCGCUUUCCAGCGAAGAAGAGCUAGGUUCAGAUGGGGACUGCGUAGCAAAUAGCCCUGCACCUGUUAACGCUGGCGCUGAUGGAAAGGGGAAGCCCUACACCAGGAGACCCAAACCGCCAUAUUCCUACAUCGCAUUGAUCGCCAUGGCAAUUAGAGACUCUGCAACUGGACGUCUCACUCUGGCUGAGAUCAACGACUACCUGAUGAAGAAAUUCCCCUUUUUCAGAGGAAGUUACACCGGCUGGAGGAACUCGGUACGCCACAACCUGUCGCUGAACGACUGCUUUCUGAAAGUGCUUCGGGACCCUUCCAGACCAUGGGGCAAGGACAACUACUGGAUGCUGAACCCAAACAGCGAGUACACCUUUGCCGAUGGGGUAUUCCGGCGCAGGAGGAAGCGAAUCAACAAAAAAACUGCCAAAGACCCAGGGGGUUUAGAUCACCCAGUCAAUGAGGAGCUACCCAGUUCCAUCGCCACUGCCUCGGUUGUUAGAGAUGACAGAGCAGGGACCAAGUUUUCAAGCUCCUUUGCUAUUGAUAGCAUCCUGAGCAGGCCCUUCAAGAGAAAAGAGGACAUUCAGCCCGAGCCUUGUAGUGGCAGAGAGUUGUGGCCUAAUAUUAACCCCUUGAUGCCUUAUCUUGUGUCAUAUCCACCUGCUGCUGUAACUCACAUUAAGCCGUUAUUUCCAGUCUACCCCGGUGCCUCGCAUGUGGUGCAGGCGUACAGGUAUGGCUUAUCAGACCUCUUUGGAGCAACAGACGGCUUGCCCAACUCCGAGGUUUACUCCACCAUCCGAAUACCAACUGCUGUGCGAGCACCAACCAGCAGUUGCCAUUCAUUCAAAAUUGACUGUUUGCUUGGAUGAGUGGGAGGAAACAAAGGAAUCAUUUUUCCUGAGCACUUUCUUAAAGACUAUAAUGUACUGUAUUUGAUAACUAAAUGCAUCUCAUUGCAUUGACUUGAGGUUUGGCAGUCAGUUUCUUGAGACUGAGAAAGUAACGUGUUUUUGGUAUUUUGUUGUUGCUUGACAACCAGUUUUUCUGGUCACUACAAAUUAUGGAUGAAACAAGUUCAGGUACAUCAAAAUAAGUUAUAUUUUUUUGUUUGUUUGUUUUGUUUUAAUUUUUAACACAUACCUUUGUAUGUGUUUGACAGAUUAUUUGGUCAUUUCUGCUGCAAACGAUGGCACGAUUGCCAAUAUUUAGAAAACGCUGAUUUUUUAAAUUGUUUUAUUUUUUUGGUUUGUUUUAAUUAUUAAUGCUAUUAUUAUUGUAUUAUUUAUGUAUGUGUUACUGCAAGCAUUUUUUUUUUCUUUAUGACGGGCUACAGCGUUUUGUAGUUAAAGUAAAGUCUGAUGUUAGUAGUGACAAAGCUCUAAUCGAGCUACAUAGAAUUGUACACAAUUUGUACUGUUUCAAAAAGUGACCACUGCCAGUGUAAUCCAGGCGAUUAUUAUGUAUAUUUUCUUAAAAUGAUACAUGAACGUUAUUUUUUAAUAAAAUCUUUUACUAAACAA